GUGAGUUGUAGUAAAACCUCUUCAGUAUAGUCCUAUGUAAUGGCUGCCUAUGCUGAGAGCUUCAGAUUCUACAAAGAAGACUGAUCUUUACCAGCUGAGUGGUCAUCAUGGAAGUGGAAUGUGCUGUUUCUUUGUAGAUGGAUGAAAAGUUUAACAUCAUAGGCUUGCAGCCCCUCUGGUUUUCAUGAUGGCAGCAACCAGUGGAGAAAGCCAGCUACAGAGGAUUAUCCGGGAUUUGCAAGAUGCUGUGACAGAGUUAAGCAAAGAAUUUAAAGAAGGAGGGGAGCCAAUCACAGAUGACAGCAUCAACUUACAAAAAUUUUCCUACAAGCUUGAGUACCUUUUACAGUGACUUCAGGUUUUACCCACUAUGGUUUUUUCCAUCCAAGUUUGACCAGAAAGAAAAGACCACACUGCUGGGGAACAGGAAAGACUACUGGGAUUAUUUCUGUGACUGUCUGGCUAAAGUCAAAGGAGCUAAUGAUGGAAUCCGCUUUGUCAAGUCUAUUACAGAACUGAGAACAUCUCUUGGUAAAGGAAGAGCAUUUAUACGUUACUGCUUAGUACACCAAAGGCUAGCUGACACCUUGCAGCAAUGUUUUAUGAACACCAAAGUAACAAGUGAUUGGUACUAUGCAAGGAGUCCAUUUCUGAAAUCUAAAAUGAGCUCUGACAUUGUGGGUCAACUCUAUGAGCUCACCGAUGUUCAGUUUGACCUGGCAUCCAGAGGCUAUGACUUAGAUGCUGCUUGGCCAACAUUUGCAAGGAGGACAUUGUCCUCACUUGGCUCUUCAGCAUAUUUGUGGAAGCCUCCAAGUCGCAGUUCAAGCAUGAACAGUUUAGUAAGCAACUACCUACAGGCUCAGGAGUGUCCUUCUAGCCCUGAUGCAAAUAAUUCCUUAAAUCCUGAGCAACUGGAAGGUUUUGAAGAGAUGCGUGUGGAGCUUGACCAGGCAGAGUUGAGGCAGAGGGAGCUUCAGGAUCAGAUUCAUCAGCUGGAAAUGGAAAAUCAGGAGUUUCAGGUAGCCAUUGGCCUUCAGAAAGAACAAGUGCAAGUGGAAAAAGAGAAGAGCAGCAACUACAGUGAGGAGAAUGCCAGGCUGACAAAGAUGAUAGCAGAGCUACAGAAGCAAUGUGAAGUCUCCCAGUCCACGCAGAGUACUGUUCAUGACCUGCAGAAAUGCUUGCGGUCAUUAGAACUGAACGCAGCUGAAAAGCAAAAGGAAUACUAUAUGAAACUAGAGCAACUGGAGUCCAGCAAGGAGGCCUGCACCUCAAGACUGCACCACUUGAAUCAGGAGCUGGAAACUACUCGAGCUUUGGUCAGCAUGAAGGACCUUUGCAUCAGUGAGCUUAGUGACAAGCUGAGCUCUACAGAGCAGAAGAACCUGGAACUCAUUGCAAAAAUAGAUGCUCCCUUGGGUGAGAAGGAACAACAAACCACCACUAACCAUGACUGUGCUCUAAAGAUCCAAGAAUUACUAGAAAAACUUCAUCAGGCAGAAGAGGAAAAGGCUGACAUGCAGAAACUAAGCAAUGAACACCUGUCCCAACUAAAGACAGUGAGAGAAGAACUGCAGCUGAAAGAGGUGGUACAGAAAGAACUGGAAUCUAGAUAUGAUUGCCUUGCUGCUGACUCCAGGGAAGAGAGUGAAAAAUUACUUAUGAGCCUGGAAACCAUAGCAAAGGAAAUGGAUGCACUUCAGAAGGCGCUGACGGUGAAAGGCAAGGAGGUAGCUGACCUCCAGAUCCAGUUGAAGGGCUCGCAGGCUCAGGUGGGUUCACUGGAAAAAAAACUUGAAGAGGUCAGAAAAGAAAAAGACCAACUUGAGGAGGAGUCCAGCAUCACGGAAAGUACCCAGAGACAGAAAGUAAAUGCCUUGGCAGAGCAAUUGGAGCUUCUGGAGGACCGCACAGCAAAGCUGAGUCAGAAUGUGCAUAGCCUGGAGGAGCAAAAAAAGAAGCUUCUUUCUGAGAAGGACCAGGUCAGCCAAAAAAUAAAGGCCUUGGAGGAGUGCACAGAGCAGCAAAGCUUAGCUCUGAGCGAAAUGGGUGAAGACAACAAAAAGCUGAAAUCUGAAAAUACAAAUCUGCAGCAAGCCAAGAAGAAGAUGAAAGAGAAGCUGAAAAACUUGGAGGCAUCUAAGGCCUCUUUAGAAGCUGAGGUGGCCAGGCUGAGAGCUUCUGAAAAACAGCUCCAGAGUCAGAUUGAUGAUGCCGUGGUGUCAGUGGAUGAAAAAGAAAAGAAGCUCCGGGGCCAGAACAAACAGCUGGAUGAAGACUUGCAGAACACCACAAGGCAAAACCAACUCUUGGAAGAGAGGCUACAAGCACUACGUUCUGAGUUCCAAGAACUGAGACAAAGAGAAGAAGCCACCAAGGAGUCUUUAGCUGUCUUGCAAGGAGAGCACAAGAGUGCCAGACAGAACAGUUUACAAAUGGAAAAGAGUUUGUUGUCCCUGAAGGAAAGUGAAGAAUCUCUUAAGUUGCAGGUGGCAGAGAAGGAUAUGAAGCUCCAAGACAGGGAGCAGCAGUGCAAGCAGCUAGAGGCUGAGUUGGAGAGAGACAGAAAAAAAGCAGAGGCUCUGGAGAUGGAAAAGCUAAGCGUAGAAAAAACGUGCCUUCACCAAACAAAACUGAUUGAAUCCCUUACUACUGAGAAGAAUUCAGUGGAGAAAGUGCAGCUGGAGCAGGCAGCGUGUCAGGAAAAAAAAACCCAAGAGCUAGCUUCCAGACUGGCCGUGACUGAAGAGCAGCUGCAGGUCAAUCAUGGUGAAGUGUCCAGGCUGCAGACAGAAGUCAUUGAGCUGCGAGCCAAACUUCAACAGACAGCUGAUGAACGAGAGAGGGUGCAAGGCAAGCUGGAUGUCACCGAGGUGGUUCUGGAAGAACAGAAAAUGCUGGUCCAGCAGCUGAAAGAGCAAAGUGAAUCACUCAACAGAAGCCACGUGCAAGAGUUGGUGCAGUGCAAGCAAAGAGAGGCGGCUCUAACAAAGGAGUGGGAAAAGGAAGCCCAUCAGAAAGCUGACAUGGAGGAGAACUUGCUGAGUCUCAAGGAAGAGCUGUCUAAGGUGAAACAGUGUUUGGAAACUGUAAGAACAGAAAAUGUGGAGCACAAAGACCUUCUCCACAGGACCAACACUGAGAUGGCAGAACUCGGGAUUCAGAUCUGUUCCCUGACCUCUGAAAAGGUGGCUGUAGAAGAGAAGCUGGCCCAAGUCAGUGAGAGGCUUCAUGGAGUGACUGAGCAAGCAGCGAAGGAACAGGAGAGGCUGCAACUUGACAUCUCUGUGCUUAAGCAAGAGAACCAAAACCUGGAAGAGAAACUGAAGGAGGCUCAGGUAUGUGCUGCAGCUGUUCCAAGCCUGCAAGCACAGCUGGAGAUGGCUGAGAAGCAGACACAGAACUUCCAAGAGACCAGCAAAGAAGAGCUGUCUGCAAUAAAAUUUCAAAUGAGCACAGAGAUUUUAAAUUAUCAAACAAAAUUCAAGGAUGUCAGCGAGGAAUGCGAGAAAGUAAAAGAGCAGCUCAAGGAGCAGAAGCAACAGCUGGGUGCAACAAACGAGGAAAUUGCAGAGUUACAGGCUGCAAACACAGAGCUGUCUAACAAACUGGAUCAAGCAACAGAGCAGCUUACUGAAUAUGAAUCUGUCAGGCUGAAAAAGGAAGAGGAGGUGAUGUCACUGAAAGAAAACUUGGAAAGGGCCCAAAAGGAAGUUGACAAAGCAAAUGAGGAAGCCCAAGAAUAUAAUGACAAGCUCAACAAAGUGAAAAUGGACAGAGAGAGCAAUGACCAGAAGUUGUUUGCUGAGCUGGAUGAUCUAACAAGAACCAAGCAAUUCCUGGAAGAACGUUUAAUAGAACUCAUCAGGGAUAAGGAUGCCCUCUGGCAAAAAUCAGAUGCUCUGGAAUUUCAACAGAAGCUGUCUGCAGAGCAACGAUGGCUGGGAGACACAGAAGUAAACCAGUGUCUGGACUGCCAGAAAGAGUUCAGUUGGAUGCUACGCCGACACCAUUGCAGAAUAUGUGGUCGCAUUUUCUGUUACUAUUGCUGCAACAACUAUAUGAUGACAAAAAGUGGCAAGAAGGAACGUUGCUGUAGAACUUGCUUUAAUAAGCCUAGAGUGGUUGUCGAUAAUGCAGAUGGCUCUGGAUCUCCUGUCAACCAAGGGACAUCAGCAUCUCCAUUAGAGUCACCAGUGUCACCAAACAGGAGAGUUACAGUUACCAAUGAAGCCUCCAAACCACAAGAUGAUGCAACAUUCGAUAUCAUCACAGAUGAGGAAUUGUGCCAAGUGCAGGAUUCUGAUUCUGCCCUCAAUGAAAGUCAAACUGAAGUAGAAUCUGUGGACCAGAGUGUGACAGAUCUAAACAGAACGUAUAAUUCAUCGACCUUUGAUGAAUCAGAAGAAUUGCAAAUGGCCCAAGAUGCUGAGACAUGCUUGCUGAAGUCAGGAGAACUGAUGAUAAAAUUACCCAUUACAGUGGAAGAGAUAGCAAAUUUUGGAGAAGACAAUAGAGAGCUGUUCAUUAAGUCUAGCACCUACAGCAUCAUUCCCAUCACCGUUAAAGAGACUGGCCUGACAAUAAGCUGGCUGUUUUCUUCAGACCCAAAAAGCAUCUCAUUCAGUGUCAUUUACCAAGAAUCAGAAGAGGCAACAUUGGAUCAGUGCAAAGUUCUUAUUCCUCUGACUCGCUGUAACUCUCAUAAGGAAACAAUCAGAGGGCAAGUGAAAGUCAGAAAUGCUGGUGUCUACAUGCUGAUAUUUGACAAUACGUUCUCUAGGUUCAUCUCAAAAAGAGUCUUUUAUCACUUGACUGUUGAACGACCUGUGAUCUAUGAUGGAAGUGAUUUUCCAUAGCCUUGAGUAUAUGGUGUUAUUUUUAAGCAUAUUUUUAAGAAACACUAUUAUUUAUAUAUAUGUGUGUAUGUGUGUGAGUGUGUGCGUGCAUGUGUGUGUAAGCACUAAAAAUACCACUGUGUUUGAAUACCCUUUAAAACUAUGCAAUAGUUAAAAAAAAAAAAAAAAAAAAAAGCACUUACUGUAUGUUUACACCUAA